UUGAAUAGCAGAAACAGGACUGAAUAUCAUGUACAGAUACUCAGCAUUACUUGCAACAAUGCAAGUAAUAAUAACACCAUGGUUGAGGCUCUUGGAGACUCAGAUGCCCUUCCAUCAUUCAAUGGCCAGGCCAGCUGCACACAUUGUUUUGCUCAUAUAGUCAACCUGGUUGCAAAGAGCCUACUGCAACAGUUUGAUCCUCCCAAG